ACAUGUGUUCCACAUCUAUAAACGUUGGGCCAAAUUUAGUACCCUUGCGCCCGCCUGUACUAAAUUAGUGUUAUCCUAGCUAUAGUAAGCAAGUGGCAAACCCUCGUCGACGCUCGAGGAAACGUGUAAAGGUGAUUGCAGAAAGUUCAUGUUUGUAGCUCGCUCCUUGUUCAAAAUGUCGAGUCCAAACCCCUUGGCGAGGCUGGAGCAGCGAGCCGCAGAGGCUGACCAGAUCAUCGAGUACCUCAAACAGCAAGUCCAGCUGCUGAAAGAGAAAGCCAGCGUCCAGGCCAGUGUCAGAGAGGAGAAGAAACUGCUGGUGGAAAACGCCAAGCUGAAGCAGGACAUAGAAGACCUGAAAAAACAGCUGCUGGACAAAGAGAAGAGGAGGGGAGUGCGAGACGUUCCCACGCCGUCAGUGGAAGACUCUGUGAAGUCCAAUGCCACCCCACCCCAAACCGGUGGUCCCGCACCCUUUGUCACCCACGCCGCCACCACUGUCGAGAGUCCUCCCCACAAAGACGACAGCAAGAAUAAAAAGAACCCAGAGAAAAAAGAGAAAAAGCCACAGCGGGUGGCGACAGCUGGUCAGGAUGACACCAAGGUGGAUGUGUCUCGGCUGGACCUGCGCGUCGGACGCAUCGUCACGGCAGAUAAGCACCCGGACGCUGAUAGUCUCUAUGUGGAGCAGGUGGACGUCGGGGAGCCUUCACCCAGAACGGUGGUCAGCGGGCUGGUCAAGCAUGUGCCUCUGGACCAGAUGCAGAACCGCAUGGCAGUUCUGCUUUGUAACCUGAAGCCGGCCAAGAUGAGAGGGGUGACGUCUCAGGCCAUGGUCAUGUGCGCCAGCUCGCCCGACAAUGUGGAAAUCCUCGAUCCUCCCAGCGGCGCCGUGCCAGGGGACAGAGUGACUUUCCAGGGCUUCCCAGGUGAGCCCGACAGAGAGCUGAACCCCAAGAAGAAAGUCUGGGAGCAGAUUCAGCCGCACCUGCGCACAGACUGCGACUGCGUGGCGACCUACAAAGGGGCGCUGUUCGAAGUGGCCGGAAAGGGAGUGUGCCGGGCGCAGACCAUGAGCAACAGCGGCAUCAAAUAAAAGAAGAUGAGGUGCUGCCCUGGUGGCAAAUGGAAGUGAAUAAGCGUUUGAAGGGCUUCAAUAAAAUUUUCAUCAAUCUUC